AAAAGCCCAAACUCAAUCACAGAGACGAAAUCCAUCAGAUCACAGAAAAAGCCACUGCUUGUCAGAGUGAUUCCUCUCGUAUCCCCGCGGUUUGUCGGCAUCGUUGGAGAGAAACCCAUUCUCUCACUCUGGCUACUUCUCCACAGAUAGCUUGAAGCCCUAAAAUUCGCCUAUGUAUGUUCUUCACUUGUUGCUGCAACCGAUUGCUUUGGGGAGUACAAACGACUAAGGCGCUGGUGAUUUCGACUCGGGUGCCAGCUAGAAACUUUUACUGAAAAAUGCAUCCUCCAUUGACAUUGCAUAGGCACCCAAUGUGCGUUGAAAUUAUUGAGCAGUUUCAAAAGUGUCACUUGGAACAUCCAAUUGCAAAAUUUUUUGGGGAUUGUACGGACCUCAAAGUAAAGCUUGAUCGUUGUUUCCGGCAGGAAAAAGCUGUGAAGCGGAAGGCCAAUUUUGAAGAGAGUAAGAAAAUGAAAGAAAGGCUUCAAGCAAUUCGGAAGGAAAUGACUGAAGAGAACCCGCAGAUGCAAGCUUGACCGCGAGUGGCAGCAAUUGCUGCAAAUUGCAAGGAAUGAGUUGGAUCAAGAAUGGUUUACUUGAUAUUGCGUCUAGGUUUGAUAUUUCUUCAUUCAUUCAUUCUCCUUGUGGUUGCGAAAUAAUUCAUUUCAUCCCAUGAAAGAAUAAUGUUGGAAGCCACUUGAAUUCCUGAUAUUGGAUUUCCGGAAAUGGCAAUGUUAUUUUGCAUCUA